CCUUUGUGCCCUAGUUUUUUUUUGAGCUUGUGACUGCGAGAGCGAUGGCGCAGGUGCAGACGCUCGACAUUUUCGGCGAGCGGCAGAGCGGCGCCGAUGUGCGCACACAGAAUGUCACGGCUUGCGCGGCCGUUGCCAAUAUUGUGAAGAGCUCUCUGGGGCCAACCGGCCUUGACAAGAUGCUUGUAGACGAUAUUGGCGAUGUUACAACGACGAACGAUGGCGCGACCAUCUUGAAAAUGUUAGAAGUCGAGCAUCCUGCUGCUAAGGUUAUGGUGGAACUAGCUGAGCUUCAAGACAAAGAAGUUGGAGAUGGUACAACGUCUGUAGUUAUUAUUGCCGCAGAGCUCUUGAAGAGGGCCAACGAUUUAGUUCGGAACAAAAUCCAUCCUACUUCUAUCAUUAGUGGAUUCAGGCUUGCUAUGCGUGAAUCGUGCAAAUAUAUCGAAGAGAGAUUGUCCGUGAAGGUCGAAAAACUUGGGAAGGAGUCGCUAAUCAACUGCGCGAAAACAAGCAUGUCGUCUAAGAUUAUUGGUACAGACAGUGACUUUUUCGCGAAAAUGGUCGUCGAUGCUGUACAAGCUGUGAAGACUGUUAACGAGAAGGGCGAGACGAAAUAUCCCAUUAAGUCUAUUAACAUCUUGAAAGCUCACGGAAAGAGCGGGAAGGACAGCUAUCUGUUAAAUGGGUAUGCUCUCAAUACCGGACGUGCUGCACAAGGCAUGCCACAACGGGUUUACCCGGCAAGAAUUGCGUGUCUAGAUGUCAACCUUCAAAAGUCCAAAAUGCAAAUGGGUGUGCAAGUUCUAGUCACCGAUCCACGUGAGCUGGAGAAGAUUCGGCAAAGGGAAUCGGACAUUACAAAAGAAAGGAUUCAAAAGAUUUUGAAGGCCGGUGCUAAUGUCGUUCUCACUACGAAAGGAAUAGAUGAUAUGUCUUUAAAGUAUUUUGUAGAAGCAGGAGCAAUAGCUGUACGCCGUGUUCGGAAGGAGGACCUACGGCAUGUGGCCAAGGCAACUGGUGCUACAAUGGUUGUUACUCUGGCCGAUAUGGAAGGCGGCGAGUCAUUUGACCCUUCUUACCUUGGUCAUGCUGAAGAAGUAGCCGAGGAACAUGUGGCCGACGAUGAUGUGAUUAUGGUUAAAGGAGCCAAGAGCACAAAAGCUGUCUCAAUCAUUCUCCGCGGUGCGAAUGACUAUAUGCUCGAUGAAAUGGAUCGGUCCAUGCAUGACGCGUUGAGUAUUGUGAAGCGUACACUGGAAUCUAGUGCGGUCGUUGCUGGAGGUGGUGCUGUCGAGGCUGCAUUGUCGGUGUACCUGGAAAAUCUGGCCACAACUCUGGGAUCGCGUGAGCAGCUGGCGAUUGCGGAGUUUGCUGAAGCGCUCCUUGUGAUUCCAAAGGUUUUGUCAGUGAAUGCCGCCAAGGACUCAACAGAGCUGGUUGCCAAGCUCCGCGCGUACCACCACACUGCGCAGACCAAGCCCGACAAGCAGCACUACGCGGGUUAUGGUUUGGAUCUGCUGAAAGGAGCUGUGAGGAACAACCUGGAGGCCGGUGUUUUGGAGCCGGCAAUGAGCAAGCUCAAGAUCAUACAGUUUGCCACCGAAGCCGCCAUCACCAUCUUGCGAAUCGAUGACAUGGUGAAGCUCUACAAGGAAGACAACCAAGACGAUGAGUGAUGAGUUAGGCGACAAUGGUUUUGUGUUGUGGAGGACCAAAUUUUGCAUUAACAGUGUAGUAGUUUUGUAAUUUUAAUAGUUGGACAGCUAUAAAUUUUACCUUUAGCCUAACAUAAAUCACAA